CCGGUUCGUCGCGCGCAUCAGCGUGGGCUCCCCGAGGCGAGUCGCUAGGUAACGGGGUCGGCUCCGCAGACCCCGGGCAGGGGGAACCCGCGCGCGCCGUUCCCAGCUGCGCCGCGGCCGGGGCCGGGGGCCCACGGGCCUUCCCCCAGCCCGGCCUGCAGAUCGGCUGGGGGACAGCCCCCGCCCAAGAUGCCUUAAGGCGCGUCGAUCGCCGCCGCCGAGGUGCCCGCCUGGCAGGGACCCCGACGCCGCCAGCCCCUUCCUCCCGCCCAGCCGGUGCGGCCGGGUGGGCGCCCCACCGCCGGUCCCCCCGCCGAGCCCCGCGCGGGGCCUGAGGAGCCCCGGGGCGCCGCCCGGAGACCACCCGGCUGCGCGCACACCUCGCUAGCGGCGGACGAGGACAUGAGCGGCGCGCACGGGGUCCGGCGCCCGGCAGCCAGCCCCAGCUGGCGGCGGCCAGGGGGCCCGCGCUGCCCGGGAGAAUGAGGCGGGAGCCGGCGGCAGCCUCCUCUUCCUCGCCUUCCUCCGGCCCCGGCGCCCCGGGCCCGGGCCGGGCUGCGGCUCUGCUGCGUGUCCCGCGCGCCCCCCGCCCGCCUCCGGAUGCGCUGCUCGGUUAGCCUGGGGAGGAAGAUAAAGCCAUUUGCAACCAAGAUGGUAAUCACGAGUGGAAAUGAUGAAGACAGAGGAGGCCAAGAAAAAGAGAGUAAAGAGGAAAGUAUCUUGGCCGUGCUGGGGAUUAUUGGGACCAUUCUGAACCUAAUCGUGAUCAUAUUUGUAUACAUAUACACCACUCUGUGAAUGCCCGGAGGGUCCUUAGAGGCCUCGGGAUGGUCCAAAGACGGGAGCCCUGUGUGUCGGCAGAUCAGUGAUUUGACACUCUGCAAACAAGCAGGCUUGAACUUCAAAUGCACCUUCGAACUUCAUAAAAGGUCACACAAAUAAACCAAUCCUGCUGCAAGGAGCAGACCCUAAAGCACAAUGAAUCCAACAAAA